AUGCCAUAUCUGGACUGGUUUGUGAUUGUAUUUAUUGACGACAUCCUGGUCUAUUCAAAGAGUCGGGAAGAGCACGAACAACACUUGCGCACGAUCUUGAAUACUAUGAAGGAGAAUCAGCUGUACGUCAAGCUGAGCAAGUGUGAAUUCUGGGAGGAGGAAGUGAAAUUCCUGGGGCAUGUAGUGAAGGCAAAGGGAAUAGCGGUCGAUCUAGCUAUGAUGGAGGCAGUGUCUAAGUGGAAGCAUCCCACUACAGUGACCGAGGUUUGGGGUUUCCUAAGCAUGGACGGGUACUACCGACGCUUUAUUAAGGAAUUCUUCAGAAUCACGUGA